AUGACCUUUUUGUCCAUAUAUAACAUUGUAGGCUACAAAGUCUCUUUUCCAUUGGAGGAGGGAAUAAACCGUCCUCACGCCUAUCACAUGAACCACGGCCAGCAGAUGAUGGACGAGCCGGUAGGGCAGGAGCCUCCUCCUUCUCUCUACAGCCCUUUCAUCCUGGUGUCAAACCUGCGGGCCAACCUGUACGUCUCUCUGGAGAAGAACGCCUGGCUGCAGAAGCGCAUCGAGGAGCUGGAGGAGGAGAGGAACUUCCUGCGUUGUCAGCUGGACCGCUUCAUCGUCAACAUGAGGAGUCCAGACGUGACAGAGUGGUGUGGAGACUCCAAACGUGGUGUGAAGGUCCAGCCCAACAGCUCUCCGUCCCCUCCCUCCCCGAUGACCACCAGGUCUGGAAUGACCCUGAAACGCGUCCAGGCUCCGGGGCCGAGGAGCCGCCGCAACAUCCAGGUCCCUGUCAAGCAGGAGUUUCAUUUGGAAGAGGCAAAGUUCUACACCGAGGAUGAGUACGUGGAGGAGGAGGAAGAGGAGGAGGAGGUGGAGGAAGGGGAGGAGGAGGAAGGGGAGGACUCGUCCGUGGAAAAGGGGUCAAAGAAGAAGGGCCGGGGGCGAGCCGGCGGGGAGCCCAGGAUGAAGAUGAGGAGGAUCUUCAGGAUCACGCACGGGAGGGAGAGGCAGAGAGUGAAAGACCCAGACGGGGUUCUGAUCCGGUAUAAGAAGAUCCUGACCACGUACCAGCGGGUGAGGAGCAUGUCCCGGGCCUUCCAGAUCCACGGAGUCGACCGCAACACCAUGGCCUCCACCUCCCCCAUCGCAGAGCUGCUGCUGGUGGCCCCGGAUAAGUUGACAGAAGUGGGAGAGUUUGAGGCGUCGAAGGAGAAGCUCCUGGAUUACGCGCGGCGCUGCUACAAGACCAUGGACGAGGAGACGCACACCAAAGUCCAGGGCAUGAAGAAGACGCACAAGCUGCUGCCGAUCUCGUACCGCUUCAGAAACUGA